GGACGUGAUUUUCAAAUCAAGACAUACAACGACCGACGCUGUAUUUUCCUGCACUAACCGGUUUCUAGCACUUUGAUAUGGCUGAUUCUGCUCGCGGACGUGGUGGAUUUGGACGUGGACGCGGAGACCGUGGACGGGGCCGUCGCGGUCCUCGUCGCGGUGGUCGCAAGGACGAGGAGAAGGAAUGGGUUCCCGUCACCAAGUUGGGACGUCUGGUCAGGGAUGGAAAGAUCAAGUCGAUGGAGGAGAUCUACCUUUUCUCGCUCCCCGUCAAGGAGUUCCAGAUCGUGGACUUUUUCCUCCCCAAGCUCAAGGAUGAGGUCAUGAAAAUCAUGCCCGUUCAGAAGCAGACCCAGGCCGGUCAGCGCACUCGCUUCAAGGCCUUCGUUGCUAUCGGCGAUUUCGAGGGUCACGUUGGUCUCGGCGUCAAAUGUGCAAAGGAGGUUGCUACCGCCAUCCGCGGCGCCAUCAUUCUCGCCAAGCUCUCAGUCAUUCCGGUUCGAAGAGGAUACUGGGGUGCCGCCCUCGGUGCGCCCCACACCGUGCCCUCCAAGGUGUCAGGCAAGGUCGGCUCUGUCAUGUGCCGUCUCAUCCCUGCUCCCCGAGGAACUGGUAUCGUCGCUGCUCCUGCAUCCAAACGUCUCCUUCAGCUUGCCGGUGUCGAAGAUGUGUACACGCAAUCCAAGGGAUCUACUGCCACUAUGGGCAACUUCUUGAAAGCCACUUUCGCUGCCAUCACAAAAACAUACUCCUUCCUUACUCCUGAUCUCUGGCGUGAAAUUCCCGUUUCCAAGCUGCCCUACGACGAGUUCAGUGGUCACUUGGCGCUCUCUGCGAAGAAAGCAUACUAGUUUUUCUGUCAUCUAUAAAAUACCAUCACGUCUGGUACCA